AUGCGGCGGGGGGGGGGCUGUGGACCUGGACAUCCGCUGUGGAGAGACACGUCUGGACCUGGACGUGGUCUGUCUCCACACAGAGCUGGUCCUGGUUCCAACAGGAGAGCUGCACACAGAACUAGUGACCUCGUCCUCAAACGCUGGUUUAAGAUAGCCGGCGUGGACUCUGGCCCUCCUGGUGCAGCAGGUUGCAAACUGGUUCUCAGGUUCUGGGAAGGCGGAACCGGAUCAGCCUGUUUGUCUGCGGCUCAUGAGAGAGGACGGAGAGGACGCACUGAGGAGCUGGAACUCAAAUACCUGCACAGGUGUGUAGUACUGUAUCAAGUACACUUUUCAGAGGUUUAUAGGAUCCUGCUGGUUUCUGUGCCAGCGGUUGUUUUUAUGACACUCAUCCUGCAGAAAUACGGCAGCCCACUCAAUGACUUCAAAGAGGAUUUGCGUCGUUCUUUAUCUGAAGGACCAGAGAAGUCCAGUGAGAACACAACGCCCUCUAAAGCUGGAACGUGCGCCGUGAAGAGAGAAUGUCCGGAGGAUUUCUUCAGCUUCUUCGUCCAGAGUGGAGCCGCCACCGUCCUGGCUCCAAAGAUCUGCCUCGACAACGACCUGGUUCUUGGAACAGUCAUGAACAACGCUGGAAUUGGAAUAAACCUUGUUAUCGCAAACAGUACAACAGGAGGAGUCAUAAAGACGGGGAACUUCGACAUGUAUAGUGGCGAGGUGAAACCUCUCAUCGAGUUCCUGGAGAGCAUUGAGACGGGAUCUCUGGUUCUGAUGGCGUCCUACGACGAGCCUUCAUCAAAGUUGACUAUAGAGGCGAGGAAUCUGAUCGCUGCACUGGGAAGCUCUUACAUCAAGUCAGUGGGAUUCCGAGAUAACUGGGUGUUUGUUGGUGGGAAGGACGUGUCGGUGCUGAGCAACUUUGAGAAGUACCUGAAGAACGACAGCACAAAGAAUAAAUAUGAGGAUUGGCCCGAGCUCAUCGAGAUAUAUGGAUGCAUCGCCAAAGACCUGUAGUGGUCAGCCUCUGAACCAACAGCAGGAGGAGCAGAAAGCAGGAGCAACAAGUCCAGUCUGAGCUGAGAACAGUCCAUGUCUGAGACUUUGGUUUGUGGACUGACCUCUGGAUGAACCAGUUACUGAUCGUUAGAAGAGAAAUCACAGAAAUCAACCUUCCUUAAUGUGACCUUUGACAUUAGUCCCAACUGUUGCUGUGACAACAACGAGAAACACACAUUUUCAUUUAGGUCUGAGGGACGUUUUAGUCUUUUGAUUCUCCACGUCCUCUGAAGGAAAGCGUC